UAAGAUGAAGGGUUCAGAUAACCAGGAGAAGCUCGUGUAUCAGGUCAUCGAGGACGCAGGAAACAAAGGGAUCUGGAGCAGAGAUAUCCGUUUUAAGAGUAACCUCCCUCUGACUGAGAUCAACAAGAUCCUGAAGAACCUGGAGAGUAAGAAGCUCAUCAAAGCCGUCAAGUCUGUGGCUGCGUCUAAGAAGAAGGUGUACAUGCUGUAUAACCUGCAGCCCGACCGCUCGGUGACGGGCGGCGCCUGGUACAGCGACCAGGACUUUGAGUCUGAGUUUGUGGAAGUCCUGAACCAGCAGUGCUUCAAGUUCCUGCAGAGCAAGGCUGAAGCGGCGAGGGACAGUAAACAGAGUCCCAUGGUUCAGAGGAACAGCUCCUUCGCCACCUCACACGAAGUCUGGAAGUACAUCUGCGAGCUGGGAAUCAGCAAGGUGGAUCUGUCUAUGGACGACAUCGAGACCAUCCUGAACACGCUCAUCUACGACGGGAAGGUGGAGAUGACCAUCAUCGCCGCCAAGGAGGGGACGGUGGGCAGCGUGGACGGACAGAUGAAGCUGUACCGCGGCGUCAACCCCAUCCUGCAGCCCACCGGCCUCGUCAGGACGCCGUGCGGCCUCUGCCCGGUGUUUGAAGACUGUCAUGAAGGAGGAGAGAUCUCGCCGUCUAACUGCGUUUACAUGAGCGAGUGGUUGGACUUCUGACAGCUCGUCUCCUCCUCUCUCUUUUCUCUCACAGCUGUGAUCCACAACAUUUAUUUUCUAUUUAUCUCAAAGUCUAAUAAAAGUCUCAAACGGCC